AUGGUAACCCUAAUCGACGUCCCUCCACCGCCGCCGCCAAAUAUGGAGGAUUGGAGAAGGUUUCGGGAGGUUGGGUUGUUGGAUGUGGCGGCUCUGGAGAGGCGUGAUCGGGAGGCGUUGCAGGAGAAAGUUGAAAAGCUUGAAACAGAGAAUACAUCACAUCUUCAGCCACCACAACAACGUGAGAGAAAACGUGAGGGGUUCAGAGAAGAACGAAACCAAUCCACUCUUUUCAACCGUUUGGUAGAUCGUUGUCCAUCCGGGGUCCAAACUUGGUCAGGACACAGACUAGAAGAUCGCUCAGAUCGAAUCAAAGUCUCGAAGAAAGGUAAAUUCUCUGUUCGUCCUUUAGGAGCAUGCCUAGAGUUAUUCGAAAUCAUGUAUGUACAUGUUUGGAAUCCGAUAUCGAUCUGUGGGACGGACCGCCUCGUCGGCGUGUUCCAGCAAUUGGUAUCAGAGCUGCGGUUUCUACAGCCACUACCAGACCAUAUUCCCUGUCCAGAUGCUCUGCAAGAUUCCCUGUUUACUCGUGCAAAGUCAGCUGCAGACCCUCCAAAUCCCCACAAGGCGGCGCCUACCUUGUAUGUUCCGCCCCUCAGCCUAUAUAAGACCUAUUCCUCAGCCAUUUUGAAGGCUUUUGCUACUAAAAAGCUCGAGCAAUACUUGGAGAAAAUCAGAAAAACCGAGACUAAGUCCAGACCCUUGCCGCGCGCGCGUGUGACCCCGGGUGGAGGAGUUCGCGAGUCGAUCCUAAGGACCCAAAGCCGCGAGCUAGCCCGAGCUAAGGCCAUAAGCACCAUUUCGAGUUUGAGCAAGGGUGUCAUAUCGGCCCCACCGAACCAAGUCAAAACCCAACCGAGGUCACCAGCCGCGCAUGCAGCGCGUGCCGUGCCUGCACCCCAGUGUUAG